GCUGGUCUACAAUAUUUGUUCAUUUUUACAAGCUGCGCCGUACAACAUAAACACACAGAUUUCAGUAAUUGGCCGAGAUAGCUGGAUGCUGCUUCACUAACUGGAUCCUUUUAUCAUAGGAGAUCACUAGAAAAAAAGUACUAGACUGUCAACCAUAUUCAAGCAUAAUGGCUGCAUUACUUUUUAAAGGAGUUGUAAAAACCGGUCCUGUGCUUCUGUUGACUAGGUGUGGCACGUCCAUACCAUCCGUUAAAGGACAUGUUUAUAGCAGAUUUCAACAAAGUAAAGCUCUUUGCUCACAAACAAGAGCUCAACAGGAGGAAAACAGUUUCAAUGUGCAACAAACAGUCCCAGUGUCAAAGGAACAUCAACUUUUACUUAGAGAAAUAUUCAACUGCAGUCAAGAAGCUGUCGAAUUAAUAGUAACAAAACAUCCACGUUUAAAAACCAUGUCUAUACCACUGCUAGAGCAAAAAGUAAACUUGCUGUUGUCCUACAAUUUACCUUUGUCUCUGAUCACAAAAAAUCCAGCGCCAUUGUGUCACACUUCACACGAGGAACUCAGCAGGAGGUUGGAGCUGUUACAGGCUAGGUCCUUGUUGACUGACAAUCCUGUCAGAAGUCAGGACAAAGUUUUUAAUUAUUUGGUACAGAGUGGAAGCACAUUUGAUGUCGCCUACAAGAAUAUGUGUGAUGAGCUUGAUGCACUCGAAGGAUGUGCCAAUAAAUCUGAACGUAUUGCUCAAAUAUUUCGUUGCAAUCAAAAGGAUGUUGAUUCACUUAUUGCUCAACAUCCACGUUUGGAAACCAUGUCUAUACCCCUGCUAGAGCAAAAAGUAAACUUGUUGUUGUCUUACAAUUUACCAUUGUCUCUGAUCACAAAAAAUGUAAAGUCACUGUAUCAAACUUCACACGAGGAACUCAGCAGGAGGUUGGAGCUGUUACAGGCUAGGUCCUUGUUGACUGACAAUCCUGUCAGAAGUCAGGACAAAGUUUUUAAUUUUUUGGUACAGAGUGGCAGCACAUUUGAUGUCGCCUACAAGAAUAUGUGUGAUGACCUUGAUGCACUCGAAGGAUGUGCCAAUAAAUCUGAACGUAUUGCUCAAAUAUUUCGUUGCAAUCAAAAGGAUGUUGAUUCACUUAUUGCUCAACAUCCACGUUUGGAAACCAUGUCUAUACCGCUGCUAGAGCAAAAAGUAAACUUAUUGCUGUCCUUCAAUUUACCUUUGUCUCUGAUCACAAAAAAUGUAAAGCCACUGUACUGCAUUUCACACGAGGAACUUAGCAGGAGGUUGGAGCUGUUACAGGCUAGGUCCUUGUUGACUGACAAUCCUGUCAGAAGUCAAGACAAAGUUUUUAAUUAUUUGGUACAGAGUGUCAAGCAAUUUGAUAUUGGAUACAAGAACAUGUGUGAUGAUCUUGAUGCACUAGAAGGAUGUGCAAAUAAAUCUGAACUGCCAUUGUAUCACACUUCACACCAAGAACUUAGCCGGAGGUUGCAGCUGUUGAAAGCUAAGUCCUUGUUGACUGAGAGUAACUUUGAUUAUUUGGGAUGUAGCAGCAAACAUUUUGAUGCUGCUUAUGAGAAAAUAUCUGCAGAAAUUGCUGCUUUAGAGGGACGCCCCAGUAAAUGUCAACUUCUCUAG